UGGUGCGGAACCGGAGGCAGCGUGCUGUUGCUCCGCUCAACCAGUCAAAAAAUGUUGAGAAUUACGAUCCGGGCAGACAUGGGAUCCCUUUGGAUUUCAUUCUGUAUCUUCUACUUUCAGUUCUUGGCCGUAUCCUCUGAUGACAUAGUGGUGGCAUGCGGAUUCGUGAAAUCCGACGUUGAAAUUAAUUACUCUCUGAUCGAGAUAAAACUCUACACCAAACAAGGAUCCUUGAAAUAUCAAACAGAUUGUGCUCCAAUCAAUGGUUACUUUAUGAUCCCUCUGUAUGACAAGGGAGAUUUCGUUUUGAAGAUCGAGCCUCCUCUUGGGUGGAGCUUUGAGCCUACCAGUGUUGACCUGCAUGUGGAUGGAGUUAGUGACAUCUGUACUAAAGAAGAAGACAUCAAUUUUGUUUUUACAGGAUUCUCAGUGUCAGGAACGGUUCUGAGUAAGGGCCAUCUCAUAGGCCCGGCUGGUGUGGAAGUCAAACUCAGCCAAGCUGGAACAGAGGAGAAACUCCAGAGUGUCAUCACACAGCCUGGAGGAAAGUAUACCUUCUUUAAAGUACUACCAGGGAAGUAUGACAUCACAGCUUCUCAUCCUUCCUGGACUCUUGAGCAGAGUACUACCUCAGUGCACGUCUCCAAUGCCAAUGCCCCGGCUGUUGACCAUCUGGUGGUUGGAGGCUACGACGUCUCGGGGGAGGUCCGCAGUGAUGGAGAGCCCAUGAAAGAGGUCACCUUCCUACUUUAUUCAGCUACAGUCAAGAGAGAGGACAUAAGUGACUGUAACAUGUCCCCAGUGGAGGGUGCAGAUUCUGGGGACAGCACGCUGGUCUACCUGUGCAGCGCUCUGUCCAGAGACGACGGUGUCUUUGCCUUUCCUUCUCUGGCCAGCGGCGAGUACACUGUGGUGCCUUUCUACAGGGGAGAGAGGAUCACUUUUGAUGUCGCUCCUUCUAGGAUGAAUUUUAAGGUGGAACAUAACAGCUUGAAACUAGAGCCCAUCUUCCGUGUCAUGGGCUUCUCUGUGACAGGCCGAGUUCUCAACAGUCUCGGUGGGGAGGGUGUACCUGAUGCUACAGUCUACCUCAACAACCAGAUCAAGGUUGUCAGCAAAGAGGACGGCUCUUUCCGGUUGGAGAACAUGACAGCUGGUACCUACACCAUCCGUGUCAACAAAGAGCUCAUGUUCUUUGAGCCAGUCACUGUGAAGAUCGCUCCCAGCACGCCUCAACUUCCUGAUAUCAUCACAGCAGGGUUCAGCGUAUGUGGCCAGAUCUCCAUCAGUCGCCUGCCCGAGGGCAUGAAGCAGCAGGGUCGCUACAAGGUCACUCUGACGCACAAGAGCCCGGACAAGGCUUUCAUUCGGACUGUCGACUCUGACCCUCAGGGGGUCUUCUGCUUUCAGGCCAAACCCGGAGACUACAGUGUCCAUGUAUCGCUACCUGAAGCAGAGGUGAAAGCAGGCCUGGCUCUGCAGCCUCAGGCGCUGGACAUCUCCCUCGUGGAUCAGCCCCUCACAGACCUACUUUUCACCCAGUUUAUGGCUUCGGUUUCUGGAAAAGUCUACUGCCUAGCUUCCUGUGACGACCUCUCUGUAACCCUGCAGCCAGUGAGUAGGCAGGGAGAGAGGAGGGCAGUGGCUUUGUCUGGGAGCAGCGACAUCCUCAGCUUCUCAUUUGACAACGUUUUGCCUGGGAAAUACAAAGUAAGCAUUUCUCAUGAGGAGUGGUGCUGGAAACAUAAGUCUGUGGAGGUGGAGGUGCUCGACUCAGAUGUCUUGGGGGUGGAGUUCAGACAGAUUGGCUACAUCCUGCGCUGCUCCCUUUCUCAUGCCAUCACUUUGGAAUUCUUCCAAGAUGGCAGCAAACCUGAAAACGUUGGCGUUUACAAUCUUUCUAAGGGAGUCAACCGCUUCUGCCUCUCCAAGCCUGGUGUUUACAAAGUCACCCCUCGCUCCUGCCACCAGUUUGAGCAGGACUUCUACACCUACGAUACUUCAGCCCCCAGCAUCCUGACCCUCACUGCAGUGCGGCAUCACAUGACAGGACUCAUCACCACCGACAAGAUUCUAGACGUCACAGUCACGAUCAAAUCAUCCAUUGAGAGCGAGCCAGCACUGGUGCUUGGUCCUCUGCGGAGCCUAGAGGAACAGAGGCAGGAUCAGCAACUGCAGGAGAUUGAGCUCCGCCGUCAGGAACGAGAACGUCGUGCAGCCGAGGAGGAAGGAGGUGCCAGAGAUGAUAGUCCUCCAAUCCAAGAAAAGGCUGAUGAACUGACAGGACCCUUCCACUAUGAGUUCUCCUACUGGGCCAGGGCUGGCGAGAAGAUCACGGUGACUCCGUCGUCAAAGGAGUUGUUGUUCUAUCCUCCUGAAGUGGAGGCAACUAUCACUGGAGAGUCGUGUCCUGGUCGGCUGGUGGACAUCACUGGCCGUGCAGGUCUUUUCUUAGAGGGCAAGGUGUCACCAGAGCUACAAGGUGUGGAGAUAUCCAUCACUGAGAGAGGCGCUGCGGCACCACUCAUUACCGUGGCCACUAAUGAGAUGGGGGCAUACAGUGUGGGUCCGCUCCACAGUGACCGGCAGUAUGACAUCAGUGCCAGCAAAGAAGGUUUCGUCCUGAGUCCCGUGGAGGGUACCCAGGGAGAUUUUAAGGCAUUUGCUUUGGCUGGUGUCACCUUUAAGAUCAAAUCAGAGGAUGGUCAGCCUCUUGCCGGCGUGCUUCUUUCUCUGAGUGGGGGUCAGUUUCGUUCCAACCUUUUGACUCAAGACAGCGGCAUCCUCACCUUCAAUAACCUGAGUCCUGGUCAGUACUACUUCAAGCCCAUGAUGAAGGAGUUCCGCUUUGAACCAGCAUCUCAGAUGAUUACAGUGGAGGAGGGUCAAAACCUCAGUAUUGAUAUAACUGGCAUCAAAACUGCAUACAGCUGCUACGGAAUGGUGCAGUCUCUGAACGGGGACGCAGAAUGGGACGUGGCUGUGGAGGCAGUGGGUCAGGGAGACUGUAGCCUUUACAGCGAGGACACGGUCACUGACGAGGAGGGCCGAUUCAGACUCAGGGGUCUGCUGCCGGGUUGCAAGUACCUCAUUCAGCUGCGAGCUGAAGGCAACGACCACAUAGAGAGGGCCUUGCCACAACACAGAGCUAUAGAGGUUGGCAGCAGUGACAUUGAAGGGGUCAACAUUAUCGCCUUCAGGCAGACCAAUCAGUUCGACCUCAGCGGAAACAUCGUCACGUCUCCUGAACACCUUCCAACACUAUCAGUGAAACUGUACAAGAGUGACAAUCUGGACAACCCAAUCAACAGCGUCUCGCUGGGACAGUCCCUUUUCUUUCACUUCCCUCCUCUAGACAGAGAUGGCGAGAGCUAUGUACUGAUGCUGUACUCCACACUGUCCCGCUCCCAGUAUGAUUUCACUCUGCCUCAAGUCUCCUUCACCUCCACUGGCUGCUACAAACAUGUCACUCUUACCUUCCACCCCACUCGUAAAGUGCCUGACCAGGACGUUGCUCAAGGAUCUUACAUAGCUUUGCCCCUCACUCUGCUUCUCCUCUUAGCAGCCUACAACUAUGAGAAGGUGAUUCCCCUUUUGUUACAGUUGGGGAACCGUAUCCAGGGAGUGAGGAGCAUGGCUCAAGCCAGCAGUGAAAGUGUUGCUGUGGAUGAAGCCAAACGUCAGGCCAAGAGACAGAAAGCCAGGCGAACAUGAGGUGCACCUUAAGCCACAUCUUCGUACACUAAAUUGCCCGCUAGCAUCCGUGACCCCGGCCUCAGAAAGGAGUGGGUUACCUGGGUUACACGUCUUCAUCGUUGACAUCCAUCCACGUGCUUAUGUGUGCUAGUGAACUUUUUAGCUUGCUAAGGUGUGUUUGAAACGGGGCUCAGAUGCAGCCCGUCACGAGCCACUCAGCACCCAUCGCCACAACCUCAUCAGCCAUUUCGAUUCACUGGACCGAUGGCUGACGUUUUGUUUUGUUUAGUCCACAGUUAGUCCUCGUCUAAGAAAAUUGUUGACAUUUGUAAUAGAAUAUGAGCCAUUUUUUUUUUACAUUUGUAAUUUAUCUAGGUCAACUAUGAUCUCUUUUUUGUUUUAAAUUUUUUGAAAGCACCUACAUGCUUAUUGUAAUAGUCCUAAUAUUGUUUAGGUCUAUGAGACAUUGUAUGCCUAUCAGCACUGGGGCCAAUUCAUUAAAACGUGGCUUUAAUUUGAGAAAAAAGGAUCAAACUGUUAGCUUAAGGCAGUGGUUCUCAGACUUUUUUUCUGGCACAGCUGAAAACACACACACACACACGCUCCCUCAGCAUGAGCAAAGUUGAUUAUUUUACAUACAUAAAUUAUAGUCAUAAAGCUUAAUUUAACUCUGCAUUUUUUUCUUCUGGUCAUCCACACCCCUCCUGAAGUGGAUUUAUGCCCCACCAGGGGGCCCGCCCCAUAAUUUGAGAACCGCUGGCUUAAGGAUAUUUAAAGUUUCCAAACUAUGUGCUGGUCUUUUCACAAGUUUAAAAUCCUUUUGAACUUAACGUAUCCCCAUGUACUUAAUAUUAGACUGAACUGAGCCUUAAAAUGCCAUCACAAGCAGGGGAUUCUGUAGCUAACAGUUACAAGUAAAAGACAACCAAAGAUGUUGGCAAGCUAAUGUGGUUGUUUGUCAAGUCAUAUCACUCAAAUGUACAUUAAAUCACCAGUGAGUUACUGUAAUGCACCCACUCCUGAUGGCAUUUUAUAAGGUGUUAAGUGCAGUGUUAGAUUGACUUUAUGUCAGUUUCUUCAUUUGCUCAGGAAUGGGAAGCUGGGAAUUUGGGUUUGAAUACUGUGUGAAGAGAAUUUGUUUUGUUUUCUUUGAGGCAUGGACCGUGAUGGCAGGGUAGGGAGUGACAGGGCUAACUAAAAGUUGAUUAAUUUAUUAACACGUGUUUAAUCAGAUGUGAAUGGAGACCUAGUUUGAAUGCUGUGACGUUUUUUUCAGAAGUGUGGUUGAUUUAAUUUUUUCUCAUUUAUAUUCUUUAAGAUAAAAUAUGUGUGACAAGCUAAAUUAAAUUUUAGAAGGCCCAUGUACUGAAUUGAAAAUGAAUAUCUAUAAAGGGUCUGCUGUGACCUUCAGAUAAACUUAGAUAAGACAGGCCUGUGAUUUCAUAAGCUCAUUUGUCUUACUGCAGAGCAGUGUAAUGCACACUGAAAUCUGUGGACCCCAGUUCGUCUUCUGUAUUGAAUUCAUCUGCCCCCAGUGGUGACUGAUUUUUACAGGAAGAUGAAAAGUCCACUAUUUACUGAUAUGUCUGUGUAGAUUCUCAGUCAUCCAGGUCAUAGUAGUCUCUGGAGCUUGAAAAAGGCGACUGGACUUCUUUUUGUUUCUUGAAGACGUUUCACCUCU